AGAAAUGAGGAGACAUUGCCUAUAACUGUACCAAUUGAACAGGAGCAGAAAAACACAGCUGUUCAGGCUGAGGUACAGCCAUCCACAAGUGAUGCAGGAAAGCGAAAGCUGGAUCAGGAGGAGUUAAACAAAAGGGAACCAACAGCAAAACGGUUUCGCAGGAGUAUGUCACCAUCCUUGCCAGAACAAAGGAUAAAGUCUGAUGUGAAAAAUGUAAUGACAGAUGUUUUGGUUAAACUACUCUAUCAAGAAAACACAACGCUGAAUUCUUUCCUAAGGGAUAAAAUCAGGAAUCUGGAGACAGACAGAAGAGAACUGGUUGGUGUUUUUGGUAAAACUGGAGCUGGAAAGACCAGUUUGAUAAACGCUGUCAUUGACGAGAGGAAACUUUUGCCGUCGGGAGAUGUCGAUGCAUGUACUUCAGUCAUGAUAAAAGUGGAGGCGAACAUGUGUAACACAAUGUAUGAGGCACAUAUUGAAUUUAUCACAAAAGAGGAAUGGAAAGAUGAGUUGUGGUCAGUGAGUCAGCUUCAAGAGAAUACCGCAGAUCAGAAAAAAGAUGAUGAGGAUGAUGAUUAUCAGGAUGUUGUUGAAAAGCUGUCGGCACUCUAUGGAGAGGAAUGGAAAGAGAAAUCUUCUGAGCAACUAAUGGAUCCGAAAUAUUUUAAAGAAAUACCAGAAUUUCUUCAAUCGACAGGAAAGAUACUCUCAUGUGAAACAGCUAAAGAGCUAUCUGCUAAAAUGAUUAAAUACACAAGAACUGAAUCAAAUCAUGGAGGAGAAAGAGGCAUAAAGAGGUGGUAUUGGCCUCUUGUGAAGUGUGUGACUGUCAAAGUGCCACAUGAUUUUCCCCAACACAUCACUCUUGUGGAUCUUCCUGGAAAUGGAGACCGUAACAAGAGCAGAGAUACAAUGUGGAAAGGGAUUGUUGGAAACUGCUCUACUGUGUGGAUUGUCACUGAAAUCAACAGAGCAGCAUCAGAGAAAGAAUCCUGGGAAAUCUUGAAGAGUGUCAGUAGUCUCCUAGGAAACGGUGGGGAGUGCAGAGACAUUCACUUUAUCUGCACAAAAUCUGAUGUUAUUGACUCGACUGAUCACUCAGCUGAUCUUCAGGCCGAAAUCCUCAGAAGAAACAUUAAAGUAAAGGACGCGGUGCGCAAAGAAUUCAAUAAGCUACACAAGAUUAAGAAACACUUCAGUGAUGACUCUUUCAAAGUGUACACAGUGAGCUCCAAGGAGUUUCUGAAACCAAAGGUUCUCAGUGCAGAGAACACUGAAAUCCCCGAGCUUCAAGAGUUUUUGCAAAAUCUCAAUGACAGUCACUCAGAGACACUGAACUAUGUUUCUGGAGCUCAUGGGAUUCUCUCUUUGAUUCAUGGAGUCAGGUUAAGAAAUGAGCCUGGAAUACACACAGAAGUAUGUGAAAAGCUUGAGAGAAACAUGGCCCUUCAACUUGGUCCAGUCCAAAGAGAAAUGGGAAGAGCUUUCCUGGUUUUUGAGAAACACCUGUGUGAAGGGGUUGAACGAGCUAAAUUCUCAUGUGAAAAAAAGCUGCAUAACUUCCUAUAUCCUCGGGGAAAGAGUGGUAGCGGUUAUCACAGAACAUUAAAGUGUGUUUUCAAAAGUGGUGGAGUCUACAAACCCAAAAAGGGAAAACAAAUAAACCUCAACAUGAAACUCUCUUCGUUCCUGACUGACAGCAUUGAUGAGGAAUUCAGGAAAACCUUCCCAAAUGAACGAAAAUGUGGCCCAUUCAAUGGUGUCAUUGACAAGUUUUCACUUGAGACUGAAAGACUGAAGGAAAAGUACAAAGAUGUGACACUGCAGCUGAUUUUUCUUCAGACCGAGGAGGAAAAAAUUAAGAAAAAGCUGAACAAAAAGAUUAAAGAUCAAAAGAAAAUAAUGUACAACAGCCUGACAGAGACAAUUGAGGAGACCAUGCAAGAAUGCUACAAGACUGCAGCAGGAUACUCGGGUCCUGGUAUGCUGGAGAAAAUGAGAGAAACAGUCUCAAGACAUGUUCUUGUAUCAAAGGGCACCAUGUUUGCCAAGGCUAAAAACGUCAUGCUGAACCACCUGCUGAGCUUAAGGGUUUGUCCUUAUUUUGAUAUUGAAACAGCAUCUAUGCUGCCCAGCAAGAGCUAAAUCUGAACUAUUUUUCUAGCUAUCCUUUGUUGUAUUUCACAUUAACCUGGAGUGUUUGCAGCUUGGUAAGCUCAAUUUCUAUAUGACCAAUUUACACACUUCCAGUCAGAAGCCUUAAUGUGUUUUUUCUGGCAAUAAAUUUGUAGUAAAAGAUCCUAGACAACAUGUCUGACUGAAAGUUCUGCUUUUUCAUAAGACCAGAUACAUUGAUAAGUGUGGCAGUCUUAGAUUAUGGUAUUCCACAAAACAAAGUGUAUUAAAACUUUUAAUAAACUGAGUUUAUUAAAACUUUGU